AUGCCCGCCCUCCGCCAGCUCAACACAAUCUCCAGGCUGCUCUUUGACGCCCCCAUGAGCCCAUCCUCCUCCUCAGCCAAAGCCCACUGCUCACGGGCCAACAACUACUUCCUUGCCCUGCCCUCCAUCACUGUUGAGUCACAUUGGCUGGCCCUCUUCCACCUGCCCAUGUUCUACACCGGCUGGGUCAAGAAUGUGGGCCCUGAUUGCCAAGCUAGACGGAGGAGCAACAGCGUCCUGCAUGUGACCUGCUGUCCUCGCGCGGGACGACCACCGGCGCUGGUGCCACAGCUGGAGGAGCUGUUACGGGGCGUGGUGGAGGGGCACUAUGCGCUCAAGCAACUUGCCAAGAGCUCUGCGGAGAGUCUACUCCAGGCCAACCCAGCCGUUUGGCCCCUUGCCCUUCCCGAUCCCCUGCUUCUCCUCGACAACGACCACUCAGAUGCCGCCGUCCUUGACGUCCGCGCCUGGCUCCUCCAACAGACCCGCGCCAUCGUCGGAUCCGCCGUCCUGAAGGCCCUCCUCCACUCCUGGCUCUAUCGCGCGGAAGUGAUAGAGGUGCUCCAGCUGCUCAAGGUCUAUCUGGAUUGGCUCCAGGACGCGGUCGAAUGGAGCGAUCGCGGCUACAGCCCGGGCUUCCCCUUUGCAAGCGAGUCGAGCCCGGGCGACUGGCAGAUCUUCGGCAACUUCCUGCGCCUCGCCGUCCCGCUCGGCCUCUGCACCGUUGACCUAUAA